AUGGGAAGCUCACAUCAUCUCCCCUUCAGCCUCACAGACGAUUCCCUCUUUCGUCCCAAGUCUCUCAUCAAUGGAGAAUUCGUCUCCUCAAAAGAAGGCAAGACCUUCAAUGUCAUCGACCCAGGAACCGGCAUGACAUGGGCAUCAUGCCCAGACUGCACAGCAUCCGACGUCGAUGCAGCAGUGAAGUCGUCCUACGAAGCCUUCAAGAGCUACUCCAAGACAACACCGCGCUUCCGCGCUCAAACCAUCAUGAAAUGGUAUAAUCUGAUGGUUACCGCACGAGAGGAUCUAGCUCAUAUUCUUGUUCAUGAGACUGGCAAGCCCUUAGAAGAGGCCCGCGGCGAAAUCGACUAUGCCCUUACAUUCGUCUGGUGGUUCUCGGGUGAGGCAGACAGAGCGCAUGGGUCUUCCCUUACAUGCGCUAUUCCUGGUCGACGCGCCAUGACGAUCAAACAACCUAUUGGCGUUGCAGCUGCUCUUGUUCCAUGGAACUUCCCCAUCGCUCUAGCAUUGCGCAAAGCAGCUGCUGCCCUUGCCGCAGGUUGCACAAUGGUUAUCAAGCCUUCGCCCGAGACACCCCUCACAGCAGUUUCGGUCGCUUAUCUAGCGUUAAAAGCAGGCUUUCCGCCUGGUGCCCUCAACGUGGUUACGACAUCUCUUGAGAAUACACCAGCAGUCGCUGAAGCACUUUGUCUCAACCCGCUUGUGAAGAAGGUGAGCUUCACUGGUAGCACGAGAGUUGGCAAGAUCAUCGCCAGCCUGUGUGCCCAGAAUCUCAAGAAGACGACGUUUGAGCUCGGCGGGAACUGCCCCUUUAUCGUGUUUGAUGACGCCAAUGUCGAUCAGGUCAUGAACCAGCUCAUGGCUUUGAAGUGGAGGCACGCGGGUCAAGCUUGCGUCACGUCAAACCGAGUGUUUGUUCAGAGCAACAUCUAUGACUCUUUUGUUGAGAGACUCGUAUCUGAAACUCGUAAGCUGAAGCUAGGCCAUGGUAUGAUGGAAGGUGCCACGUUGGGCGCGUUGACGACUACACGGGGUCUCGAGAAGGCGGAGGAGUUAUACGAAGAUGCUGUCAGCAAGGGAGCAACGGCUGUCCUUGGAACAGGGAAACGUUACGAAGGGAAGGGAUAUUUCAUGGAACCAACUAUCUUGACCGAAAUGAAGGACGAAAUGCUCAUGACGCACGAGGAGAUUUUUGCUCCCCUCCUUGGCGUUUACCGCUUUGAGUCAGAAGAAGAGGUUGUCCAAAGAGCAAACGACACUCCUUAUGGCUUAGCGAGCUAUGUGUUUACCAAGAACGUGGAUAGACUGUGGAGAAUGUUUGAGAACCUCGAUGCUGGAAUGAUUGGAUUGAACGCAGGCAAUAGCUCGUCGGCUGAAGCGCCUUUUGGAGGAAUCAAGGAUAGUGGACAUGGAAAAGAGAGUGGUAAGGAUGUUGCGAUUGAUGAGUUCUUGAUCACCAAGACGGGCACCUUGACUGUCGAGGGGCAGUAUUGA